GUGAGGAGAUUAAUAGUAGAACGAAUGUCACCAACAUUUCUAGUGGAGGUAGUAACCGAGGAGGAAGUGGUGGUAGGACGUUUUCUUCAAAAAAACCAAGACAAAAAGGUCCUAUGGAUCAUUUUUUCACUCCUAAUGCAGAGAUGGUUGUUCAAAAUCAAAGGAGUGGAAAGAUGAAUCAAACUACCAUCAAUGAUGCCUACAAAAAGGAAGCAAGAGAAAGAGCUUGCACGCUUAUCACAAGAUGGAUGUAUGAGGCUGCUAUUCCAUUUAAUGCAGUCACAUAUCCAAGUUUCCAACCAAUGAUUGAGGCUAUUGGCCAAUAUGGUGUGGGUAUGAAGGGACCAACUUUUCAUGAGGUAAGAGUUACCAACCUUAAGAAAGAAUUGGCUCUCACAAAAGAUUUGAUGAAAGAUCAUAUGGUGGAAUGAGGGAAAAAUGGAUGUUCAAUUAUGUCGGAUGGAUGGACCGAUAGGAAAGAGAGAACUUUGGUGAACUUUUUGGUUAAUUGUUCAAAGGGAACCAUGUUCAUGCAAUCCAUUGAUGCUUCUUCAAUGAUUAAGACGGGAGAAAAGAUGUUUGAGUUACUUGACAAAUGGGUAGAGCAAGUUGGUGAAGAGAAUGUUAUUCAAGUUAUAACAGAUAAUCACUCAAGUUAUGUGAUGGCAGGGAGGUUGUUAGAAUUAAAGCGUCCACAUUUGUAUUGGACACCAUGUGCUGCACAUUGCCUUGACUUGAUGUUGGAAGAUAUUGGAAAGCUACCAAACAUCAAGAGGACAUUGGAGAGGGCUAUAUCACUAAAUGAGUAUAUUUAUAAUCGCUCAGGGCUACUCAAAAUGAUGAGGCGGUUUACUGGACAAAGGGAAUUGCUUAGGCCUGCUAAGACUCGGUUUGCAACUGCUUUCAUCACAUUAUCGAGAUUGCAUGAACAAAAAAACAAUUUGAGGAAGAUGUUUACAAGCUCAGAUUGGUCAGAUAGUAAAUGGGCAAAAGAGCAGAAGGGGAAAACUAUAGCCAACAUAGUUCUAAUGCCUUCAUUUUGGAACACUAUUGUGUUUUGCUUAAAGGUUUCGGGUCCCCUAGUUCGUGUGCUUCAUUUGGUUGAUGGUGAAAAAAAAACUCCUAUGGGAUACAUCUAUGAGGCCAUGAAUAGAGCUAAGGAUGUAAUUGUGAGAAGUUUUAAUGGAAAUGAAGAGAAGUACAAAGAAAUCUUCAACAUCAUUGAUAAGAGGUGGGAGAUUCAGCUUCAUCGGCCUUUGCAUGCAGUAGGGUACUUUUUGAACCCGGAAUUCUUCUAUGAUAAGCCAGAAAUAGAGCAUGAUGCCGACAUUAUGAGUGAUUUGUAUAAAUGCAUCUUAAGGCUAACAAGAGACCCUGCUAAGCAAGAAAAAGUUGUGGCCGAAGUGAGUUUGUUCACAAAUGCCCAAGGACUAUUCGGGAAUGAGUUAGCUGUUAGGACAAGAAAGACUAGAGCACCAGCUGAAUGGUGGGCCGCAUAUGGAGCUUCAGUUCCAAAUUUGCAAAAGUUUGCAAUGAAAGUCCUCAACUUAACAUGCAGUGCAUCAGGUUGUGAACGGAAUUGGAGCAUCUUUGAGAAUAUUCAUAGCAAGAGGAGAAAUAGGUUAGAUCAUCAACGCUUGAAUGAUUUGGUGUACAUCAAGUAUAAUCGAGCCUUGAAGAGAAGAUACAAUGAACGUAACACCAUUGACCCAAUUUCCUUGAAAGAUAUAGAUGAUAACAAUGAAUGGCUGAUAAGGAGAAUGGAAGAUGAGGAUUCUCAUGGAGGUGCACAAGAUGAUUUUGUAUUUGAUGAUGACAAUUUGACAUGGGGUGAUGUUGCUAGAGUUGCUGGAGCUGAGGAGGCCAGAUGA